GUUAAGAAUCUUCGUAAAUGCCAAUAUGAGGAGACCCAGGAACUUAUAUAUUAAUUGCACAAAUAUGUCUGUGUAGCUAGACUGAACUUUCGAUUUACUGUUACAAAGGUAAUUAACCAACAUUUCCUUGCCCUCCCUUUUUAUAAUCUUUUUCAUUAGAAAAGCAUAAUCCCAUAAUUAAGUAUACAACCAAACAGUCAAAACUACCAGUCCCAUGUUAUGUUAAGCCAUGUACCACCUAAAUCUCUACUCCAACUAAUCUAUGCUCUAGACCUUGUAAUCCAUGGUGGUCAUUCCAGGCCCUCAUUAUUGAACCUAGGUAUUCCUGUUAAUACAUUUCAGUCUUUUCGAAGAGGAGCCCAGAAGGUAACUAUGGCCCUUGUGGUCUACUGGUAUGAUUUCAUUUGUUUUGGCAUUGUUGCCGCAUCCUUCUUCGGCUCGUUAUGGGUGCUAUACAAGAAGGAGCUACUUGCCUCAAAAUACGACACCAACACCAUCUAUGAGAGCCUCCUUGUGGCUCGACCAGACACUGAUGGUUUUGUAAAUGCUAUGCCAAGAAAUCAUGUUGGGUCGUCCCAACUAUGGAGCAGUUGCUGGAAAGGGUUUCAUCCAGGAUGGUUAUUAGCCACUCGUUUGGUCUCCUUUCUGGUAAUGGCUGGAUUUCUAAUGUGGGAUAUCGAGGAAUGGGAUGCCACCAUCUUCGUGUAUUACACUGAGUGGACAUUUGCAUUAGUUAUGGUAUAUUUUGCGCUUGCCACUGUAAUAUCUGGGUAUGGGUGUUGGUUGGUAUCAAAGCAACUUCCUUCUGAAAAUGAGGAAACUGCUGGAUUCUUGAGAACGGACGUGGAAGAUAAUGAAACUACAAACUCUACAACUCUUAGGAAGAAAGAAAUUAAGGGAACUAUAAAGUUGCAAAGUCACUAUGCAGAAGAGGCAAUUAGGCUAAGAGCUGGAUUUUGGGGAUAUCUUAUGCAAACAAUUUUUCAGACUUGUGCAGGUGCUGUCAUCCUAACAGACAUAGUAUUUUGGUGUAUUAUUGUCCCAUUUGGAUCAAAUGCUCAUCUUGGACUCAAUGUGCUGAUGGGUUGCAUGCACACUCUGAAUGCUGCUUUUCUUUUGCUCGAUACUGCUCUAAACAGCCUUCCAUUCCCUUGGUUCCGGCUCGCAUAUUUUGUGCAGUGGAGUUGUCUCUAUGUAGUUUUCCAAUGGGUGAUUCAUGCCUGUGGUUAUACAGGGUGGCCAUAUCCAUUCCUGGAGCUUGAUAUACCAUGGGCUCCUUUAUGGUAUUUUGCCCUGGCUGUGGUUCACAUCCCCUGUUAUGGUACAUAUGCCCUGAUUGUCAAAGCCAAAAACUCCACUUUUCCCAGAUGGUUUCCUGGUGCUUUUGUGAGAUCAUACUAAUUUGUGGUUCUUAGAACUGGGUGCUAUAAAUGGUGGCUUUGAUUUUGAUUCCAUGCUUGUGCACAUAAAGGAGGGAUUCGUCCCUUCCAGAACUUGUGGUUUGUAUACCUUUGUUCCACAUUUUACAGUUGGAGAAAGUACCCAGGCAUUUGUCAGACCCAAGAUAGUGAUUUAUUUUAUUCCAUUAAUGGUUGUUGCUUGUUUAUCAGUUAA